AUGCGCGCAGCCAUCCGCCAGCUGGCCCACACCUACAGCGCGCACCUCGUCUCCCCCGCGCCUGGCGGCGCCCCCAGCGCCCCCGUGCGCCCCGUCUUCGACGGCAUGAAGAACAUUUUCACUGCCCGGCCUCUGCCCUUCGACAGCCAGGAGUUUCGCGUCGUGCUGCCCGAAAAAGACGAAGGGGCAGGCGGGGGGAGAGGUGGUGGAGGUGGGGGAAGGGGAGGGAGCAGCAGUGGUGGUGGGCGCGGGGGCGGGAGGGGCGGGCGCGGAGGGGGGGAGCGGAGGGAGCGGGCGGUGAAGGUGACUGUGAAGCUGGCCCAGCAGUACCCCAUGUCGUCCAUGGCCUCGUUUCUUCAGGGGAGACAGGCCGACAUUCCGCAAGUGCUGCUGCAGGCACUCGACGUGGCCCUGAGGGAGCGCCUGCUAAUGAACCUCACCCCGGUGGGCCGUUCACUCUACUCCGCCUCACUUGGCUCCACGCCCCUGGGCGGCGGGGUGGCGGCGUACCGCGGCUUCUUCCAGUCAGCACUCGACGUGGCAUUGAGGGAGCGCCUGCUCACCAGCCUCACCCCGGUGGGCCGCUCACUUUACUCUGUAUCCCUCGGCUCCACCCCACUGGGCGGCGGAGUAGCAGCCUACCGCGGCUUCUUCCAGUCCGUGCGCUUCUCCCAGCAGGGCCUGGCGCUCAACGUUGACAUGGCCGCCACCGCUUUCCACCAUGACAUGCCGCUCCUCACCUUCGCCGCCGACUUUCUCGGUCGCGGGGGCGGUGGGGGAGGGGGCGGGAGAGGCGGCGGGAGGGGUGGGUAUGGGGGGAGGGGAGGCCGGGGGCCGGGAGGGGGAGGGGGCGGGGGAGGGGGAGGGGGGUUUGCACCGAAUGCGUCGCUGAGUGAUGGGGAGCGCGUGAAGCUGAAGCGCGCGCUGCAUGGGAUUAAAGUGGGGGUGACUCACCGCGACACACCCCGCCGCUACCGCAUUCAGGGCCUCACACGUGAGCCAGCACACGCCCUCACCUUCACCAUUGAAGGCCAGGGCGAGACUUCCCUCGUCUCCUACUUCUGCUCGGCCUACGGCUACAGCAUCCGCCACCCCAACCUGCCGUGCGUGAUGGCGGGCGGCGGGGGGAAGAGCUACCUGCCAAUGGAGGUGUGCCACAUCAUCGGCGGGCAGCGGUACGGCCCCAAGCUGAACGAGGAGCAGGUCAGCUCGCUGCUGCGCUUCACGUGCACGCGGCCUGAUGUGCGGGCGGGGGAGAUCGGCAGCAUGGUGACCCGCAAUGACUACCCCAACGACCCGAACGCGCGCGAGUUCGGCAUGCUGGUGCAUCCCGAGAUGACUCGCCUGCAGGGCCGCCUGCUGGACGCGCCCCGCCUCGUGUACAAGGAUAAGAAGGACGUGAGUGCACGCGCUGAGGGGGGGAUGGGGACAGGGGGGAUGAAGGGGAUAUUGGGGGGGGAGGGAUAUGGGUGGGUGGGGUAUUCGUCGGUUCGCCUGCUGGAGCUGCCCCGCCUCGUGUACAAGGAUAAGGAGGACGUGCGUGGGCUCAGGGGGGGGGGCAGGCUGAUAGAGGGGGCGCGCAUAACGCACUGGACCAUCAUCAACUUCGCCCCCUACCUCGACGCCAUGGGCGUGCAGCGCUUCGGCCAGGCCCUCACGCAGCGCUGCGCUGAGCUGGGCGUGCAUCGCUUCGGCCAGGCCCUCACGCAGCGAUGUGCUGAGCUGGGCGUGCAGGUCCUCGUGCAGCACUGCGCUGAGCUGGGCGUGCAGGUGAGUCAGCAAGAGUCAAUGCGGGAGUCAAUGGGAGUCAAGAUGGGAGGCAUGGGGGAUAGUGGGGCACCGGUUGGAGCUGUGCCUUGUGCUGCCGCCCCUGACGGGCCGAGUGGAGGCGGUGGAGGCGGUCAUGCGCCAGCUGGAAUCAUCAUCACCAUCUCGCUUAUCCCGGCCCCCAUUUCCCCUCCCUCCCCUUCCCUUCAGAUGGAGCCGCGCCCGGUGGUGCCGCCCCUGACGGGGCGGGUGGAGGCGGUGGAGGCGGUGAUGCGCCAGCUGGCGGACGCUAGCAGCCGAGAGGUGCCCCCCGGGCAGUGGCUGCAGCUGGCCGUGGUGAUUCUGCCGGGCCGAGGCACGUUCUACAAUGAGAUCAAGCUGAUCGCUGAGACGCAGCUGAACGUGGUCACGCAGUGCUGCCUCGUGAACCACGCUCACAAGUGCCAGUCACAGUACCUGGCCAACCUGGUGUUGAAGAUCAACGUGAAGCUGGGCGGCCGCAACGUGCUGCUGCAGUCAGAGAGCAUCGGCCGCCUGCCCAUGGUGGCGGAGCGCCCCACCAUUGUGUUCGGCGCCGAUGUGACGCACCCCAGCCCGGGAGAUGAUUCGUCUCCUUCCAUCGCUGCUGUCGUCGCUUCUCGGGUAGGUGGGGGAAAAGGGACUGUUGAGUGUCACCAGGAGGCCAUGGGUCGUCUCCCCAUGGUAGCCGAGCGCCCCACCAUUGUGUUCGGGGCCGAUGUGGCCCACCCCAGCCCGGGGGACGAUUCCUCGCCCUCCAUCGCUGCUGUCGUGGCGUCCCGGGGAGAGGCAAUAAGCCGUCUCCCCAUGGUGGCGGAGCGCCCCACCAUUGUGUUUGGCGCCGAUGUCACGCACCCCAGCCCGGGGGAUGACUCCUCUCCUUCCAUUGCUGCUGUCGUCGCCUCCCGGGUAGGUGGGGGGAAAGGGAACGUUGAGUGGUAUGAUUGGGCUAUUGGGCGUGUGCCCAUGGUGGCGGAGCGUCCCACCAUUGUGUUCGGUGCUGACGUCACGCACCCCAGCCCGGGGGACGAUUCCUCGCCCUCCAUUGCCGCUGUCGUCGCCUCUCGGUCGGAGGCCAUGGGUCGUCUCGCCAUGGUGGCUGAUCGUCCCACCAUCGUGUUCGGGGCCGAUGUGACCCAUCCCAGCCCGGGGGAUGACACAUCGCCCUCCAUUGCUGCUGUUGUCGCCUCCCGGCGCCCCACCAUUGUGUUCGGCGCUGAUGUCACCCACCCCAGCCCGGGGGAUGACUCCUCUCCUUCCAUUGCUGCUGUUGUCGCCUCCCGGCGUCCCACCAUUGUGUUCGGUGCUGACAUCACGCACCCCAGCCCGGGGGACGAUUCCUCGCCCUCCAUCGCCGCUGUUGUGGCGUCCCGGGACUGGCCGUGUGCGAACCGGUACGGGUGUCUGCUGCGCACGCAGGCGCACCGGCAGGAGAUGAUAGAGGGGCUGCAUGAGGAGAGGCGCGGGGCGGACGGCAGCGUGCAGGCGGGCGGGUUGGUGCGCGAGCUGCUGAUGGAGUUCUAUCAGACCGCCAAGCGCAAGCCUGAGCGGAUUAUCUUCUUCAGGGACGGUGUUAGUGAAGGCCAGUUCUACCAGGCAGGGGGCCUGGUGCGCGAGCUGCUGAUGGAGUUCUACCAGACCGCCAAGCGCAAGCCGGAACGCAUUAUAUUCUUCAGGGACGGUGUCACAGAAAGGCUGGUGCGCGAGCUGCUGAUGGAGUUCGACCAGACCGCCAAGCGCAAGCCCGAGAGGAUCAUCUUCUUUAGGGACGGGGUCAGCGAGGGGCAGUUCUACCAGGUGCGUUCAGAGCGGUGUGGUGCAGUGCAAUGGGUGCAGGCGGGCGGGCUGGUGCGUGAGCUGCUCAUGGAGUUCUACCAGACCGCCAAGCGCAAGCCAGAGCGAAUUAUUUUUUUUAGGGAUGGUGAAUGCCAGUUCUACCAGGUGCUGGCCUACGAGCUGGAGGCAGUGCGAGCAGCGUGCAGGGCCAUGGACCCGUCGGGCAGCUACAGCCCGCGCAUCACGUACGUGGUGGUGCAGAAGCGGCACCACACGCGGCUGUUCCCCGCUGACAACAACCGCGACAAGAACGGCAACGUCAUGCCGGGGACAGUCGUGGACUCGGUCAUCUGCCACCCGCGCGAGUUUGACUUCUUCCUCAACUCGCACGCAUCCAUCCAGGUGGCUACUGCUGCCCACUUGGCAUUCAUGUCGCGCCUCCGUUUGCUCAAUGUGUCGCCCUUUCCGCUGCUCCACGCUUCCCUCCAAACCCCCUCACCUUCUCUCUCCUUGCCACUGGUAUCAACUGUCUCUCCACGUGUCAUCCGCUCCACCUUCGCCAAAGGCACGUCACGCCCAACGCACUACCGAGUGUUGUGGGACGAGAACAGCUUCACAGCCGACAGCAUGCAGGCGCUCUGCUACUCCCUCUGCUACACCUACGCGCGCUGCACGCGCUCCGUCUCCCUCGUGCCGCCCGCCUACUACGCUGACCUGGCGGCCACGCGCGCGCGCCUCUACCUGGAGGGCAUCUCGGGCAGCAUGCGGGGGAGCGGGUCCGAGAGUGGGUCGGCAGCCGGCCGAGCGGCAGGGGGAGGCGAGGUGGCGGGGUCGGGUGGCACGGGGAGCUCCAGUGGGUCGUCCAGGGUGGGGGGGGCGCCGCCUGUGGUGCCGCUGCCAGUGGUCAUGCCUGUCCCCAGGAAGGGCAUGUUCUUCUGCUGA